AUGAGCUCAACACGGCUCGUGAUCAAGAACCUCCCGCCGUACUGCACACCGGAACGCCUCCGACAGCAUUUUGAAGGCAAACAUAAUCCAGGUGCACCCCGUGGCCAAAUCACCGACGUCAAAGUCUCGUUCAAACCCGAUGGGACCUCGAGGAGGUUCGGGUUUGUGGGGUACAAGACGCCUGAGGAGGCGGUGAAAGCCAAGGAGUGGUUUGAUAGGACGUUUAUUGAUUCGGCGAGGAUUAGUGUUGCGUUGGUUGAGGAUAAACCGGAUGCACGACCGAAUAAACGACGCCGUCUCGCGAGCGACGAACCAAGUUCAGGAUCGAACACGACGAAGCUCGGUAAACCGUCCAAAUCCUCAGAUCCCUCCUCCUCUUCCACCGCCCCAUCGACGUCCAACAGCAACAAACACCUCGAUACCUUCUUAGAAGUCAUGCAGCCCCGCAACAAGGGCCCGUCAUGGGCGAACGAUGCUGCUGUUCCGGAACCCGUUGUCCCUGCGGCCCCAGCUGAAGAGGCGGAUGCAUCGAUGGAGGACAAACCUGAAGCGUCGGCUGAGCAGGAGGGUCUCUCGGAUAUGGAGUGGAUGAGGCGGCGCAUGACGGCCAAUGUGGAUAAAGUGAAUACAGCUGUGUUCGAGCAGUCGGAUGAUGAAGAGGAUGGGAAGAAGGACGCUGGUGAGAAGGAGGAGGUUGUAGAGGCUGCACCAGCGCGGCCUGAAGACCCAACGGAAGAAACGAUCCGCCAAACCGCCCGGUUAUUCGUUCGAAAUCUCACCUUCUCGUGCACGGAAGAGGAGUUACUAGAGUUGUUCAGUCCAUUCGGCAAUGUCGUAAAGGCGCACAUCCCCACAGACGCAACGACAAAGCAGGGAAAGGGUAUGGCCUACAUCACCUUCUCCUCCCCCGAAUCCGCCGUCGCCGCGUACAAAUCCCUCGACAAGAAGCCUUUCCAAGGUCGGCUGUUGCACAUCCUCGGCGCUGUCGACCGGAAACCUAAAGCCGAAGCGGAAGAUGAGGGGAAGAAGAGCGUUAAGGAGGAGAGGGCGGCGAAGAGGAAGGCGUUGGCUGGGAAGGAGUUCAAUUGGAGCAUGUUGUACAUGAAUAGCGACGCGGUAGCAUCCUCCAUUGCAGACCGGAUGAACAUCCCCAAAACCUCCAUCCUCAACCCCGACCCAUCCGAAACGACGACCAACCCGGCCGUCAAACUCGCCCUAGCCGAAACGCACAUCAUCACCGAAACCAAAACCUUUCUCGAAUCGCAGGGCGUGCUCCUCUCGUCCUUCACCUCCAAAGUCCGCUCGGACACGAUCCUCCUAGUCAAAAACAUCCCCUAUGGAACGACUGAGCCUCAGAUCCGGGAGAUGUUUGAACCGCAUGGGGAGUUGGUGCGUGUUUUGGUUCCGCCGGCGGGGACGAUUGCGGUGGUGGAGUUUGUUAAGGGGGAGGAGGCGGCCAAGGCCUUCAAAGCGGUUGCGUAUAGGCGGCUUGGAAAUUCGGUUGUGUAUUUGGAGAAGGGGCCUGUUGGGAUGUUUGUGAGUGACCCUGAGGAGGUGGAGAAGAGGAGGGUUACGACGGAGGAGGAUAGGAGGCUUUUGGAGAGUAGUGUUAUUAAGGUUCCGGAAGCCCUACCUAUUGAAACUACCGAUAGUGCGGGAGAGACGGCUGGAGGUGAGGGGCAGGAGACGGUGGCGGGUUCGACGCUGUACGUCAAGAAUUUGUCGUUUGCGACGACGCAGGAGAGGCUCGUUUCGUUGUUCUCGCACCUCCCCUCCUUCUCCUUUGCGCGUAUCCAGACGAAGCCGGACCCCAAACGUCCCGGUGCACGGCUCAGUAUGGGGUACGGAUUUAUUGGGUUCAAAGACGUCGAGGGUGCGAGGAAGGCGCUCAAGUCGCUGCAGGGUUUCGUGGUGGAUGGGCAUGAGCUGCAUGUGAAGGUGGCUGGGAGGGGACGGGAUGAGGUUGCGAAGGAGUUGGGCGUUGCCACGUCCAACGAUGCAACAGGGAAGAGUAGGACGACGAAGAUGAUUGUCAAGAACGUACCGUUUGAAGCUACGAAGAAGGAUAUCCGGGACUUGUUUGGUGCGCAUGGGAAACUUAAAUCUGUACGUCUACCGAGGAAAUUCGACUCCCGCACACGGGGAUUCGCGUUUUUGGAGUUUGUUAGUCGGCAUGAAGCUGAGAAUGCUUUCAAUGCCCUUCGACAUACGCAUUUGCUUGGGAGGCAUUUGGUGUUGGAGUGGGCGCAGGAGGAGGGUGCGGGCUUAGGGGGCACGGAGGAGGAGUUGGAGGUGUUGAGGAGGAAGGUGGGUGUUGGUGUUGGGAUGGGUGUGGAUGGGACGAUAGGCAAGGGGUUGCCUGGGAGGAAGAGGAAGUUGGAGAUGCCGGGGAGGGGGGAUGGGGAUCCGGAGGAGUUGGAGUAG